AUGGGGCGGUUGGGCCAGAAGCAGAAUCAGGACCGGAAGCGCCCCGUCUACGUGGCCCAGUUUGGCUCGCAUCGGUGUGGUCGUCAGGCUCUGGGUGCUCACGGCCCAGGGUUCGGGGACCGCUGCGACCCGGAGCGGCGGGAAGCCACGGCGAAGACGGGAGUCCUGGACACCCGCCGCAGUUCCAGUGUCCCCGAGUCCUCGGCCUCCGCCUCGGCCUUCUUAAAGCUACGGAAGCCGAGGGAGGGCAGCGGCUCGGAGCCGCCGGCGCGUGCAGGUUUAGCCCAGAAAGAUGCAGCUAGAACAUUUGACUUCCCCAUACCAUUGCAUGAAGUUUCCAAAAUAUUGAAGAAAAAGAAAAAGGUUUCUGUAUGGAAUAAGGUAUACAAAGUAAUUUCUAAAAUGAUUGAAGAAAAUGAAAACUAUAGACACAGACUGAGAUGCCAGAAUUUAUCUAGUGAAAACUCAAAGUGAUGCAAGGUGAAUCUUCUCUUCUGGUCAGGAUCUAUUGAGUUACAGAUUAAUUACUGUGUAAGAUUCCAACAGCCUCAGAUUUUGUGGCAACAUACUCUCCUAAUGACCAUCAAGUCCACCAAUUUCCAAAUGAAAGAUACAUUGAGCAAAUGACUGAGGCCUUGCCUACCAUAUGUGUGGGUCUAAGGUUUCCCUGCACUCAAGAUCAUCCAACUUCUUUGGAGAAUGCUGAGUAAAUUUUCAGUCUGCCAAUCCAUAAAUGAAGCUUUGAAUUUUAGUUUAUGCAAUUUAAAUCCAUUGCAAAAUGAGACAUUUAUAACACAUUACAUUGAGUUUUGGGGUGAAUGUGAAUGAGGAUCUUAGGAGUGUUUCAAUGUAUGUGACCUGUACAACUUGACAUGGUAAUCUAGUCUGUUUUAUCACAUGUGUUAGUACUUAUUAGAUUUAGCAUGUAAGCUUAAUGCUAGAUGCAGUCUGUCUUACUUUGGGUUCAGCCAUUACCACCAUAAAAAAUCUAGUUGUCUUACUGUUCUAGAACCAUGGAGUACUACAGACUCCCAUGGAAAUGAAUGCUCUAAAUGUUCUAAGUUUUGUUUAAUAAUUUCUAGUGAUGUAUAUGAAAGUUCUAUUUUGUUGAAUAAAAUAUACUAAAUAUGACUUCUGACAUAUCAUUGAUUACCAGUUGUGCUACUGUGAUAUAAUUCUAGCAGGGGUUAAAGGCUACUUCAUUGGAACCCAAGAUUAUGUUAUAGUCCUCUUCAU